AUGGUGCAUGUUGUAGUUCAUUCGCAUAGACAUUCCAACAAGAAAGAAGAUCUCGUCUAUCUCGAUUUUCAAGGGAGCUUUGAUGUAGGAGAUGAAGUACAAUGGGAUAAUCUAGAAAUAGGUGAUCUUACACUACAGGAUGAUGCUGCUGUUCUCGUCAUUGGACACCACAGGCUUGUUGGUAAAAAAGUAAAGCUACCAAAGCCAUUUGCUGUCAUCCACAAAAGAAGAACUGACCUCGAUAUAAUGGAGGAGCAAGACGGUGUUUGUUAUGAUGUUGUUACGAUAUUGAAAGAAAAAUAUGUUUUUCCAACCAGGCCUGGGUUGAUUGUGCAAGAGAGUUUGCGUGGUUUAGCAAGAAUCGGCAAAUAA